AUGAAGAGCUUAAAGCUGAUAAGCUCGAAGCAGUCUAAUGGCGAGUUCAAAAUCUGCCAGGCUGGACAACCAGAGAUCAAGUUCGAAGAUGGAAAGCCCGUUCAAUCAUUGCGAUUCACGUUGGAAGUUCCUCUCUUCUCUGAGCAAGUUUACUCGCUUCAAGGAUUCGGGAAUGAAGAACCAGCGAUGACGAUCACUUCUGAAGCUCAGCCACAAGUUUCUUGCCCUGGCUCGACUAGAUCUGAUCUGCAGAACUUGAAGACUACCGAAUUGAAGACGACAAGAAGAUUUUACUGGGAAGAGGGGCAGCUUUUCAUGAAUUUGCAGACACGAUUCGUGCUGACCGCAAACCUGUCGAUCAUUAACCAAGUCGAGAUCAAAGAGGUUACUUACGACAUGGACAAAGCAUCGACAAGGCUGGUGCCAGUUAACAACGAUGAAUUCAGGAGCUUUAUCAACAGAAACCCUAUCUUUGACAAAGAGGGCAAUGUUGUUUCUAUCGAUCCAGAAGAAAAUGGAACUGCUUGUGUUCCGACUGAAGUGACCAUUCCUGUCUUCGGUGCUUUCUCAGUUCCUCCAGAACAAGAUGUUGAAUCUAAAACGGAACCUGGAGAGCCCAAGCAAGAGGAAAAUGAAGAAUCGAAGAUUCCAGAAGACGAAGGAGUUUCUAAAAUCGAUCACUCUGGCAUUGAGUCUGGUUACGAUUCCUUUGCGGAUGGAGACAUCACUGCUGACGACCGCACCAGUAUCGAGUCCGAUUUCUCCACCUGGGAAGAUGAAGAGGACGAUAUCUUGGCCGAGAAACACGACUUUCCGGAUCCUACUGAAGCUCUUUCUCGAUUGAUUCUUUCCUCCUGA